CAGUUAAAGGGUCAGUGUGAAAUCUGAUAGCCUUGUUUUAUUUGAACAGAAACAUGGGUGCAACCAAGUUGGCUGCUUACCUGCUGCACCAUAAUGGGGCAGUCUGCGUGCAUUUAUUUUUUUCUAACCAUCCUAAAGUUAGUUUGAGGCUGGAUCUCAGAACUGACAGCUGGAGAGAGAGAGAGAGAGAGAGGGGAGGGAAUAGAGAGAGGGGGAGCCCUGAAGUUCCUGUUUCUGUUUGAAACAAAGAAAAGAGUCAGUUAUAAAGGGGACACACACACAUACACAGUAUUUUGGAAGAGGACAAGUGGGGAACCCUCGCACAAAUCACUCGGCGGACCCCCCCCCCUCUCAGACAUGGAGGCGACCAGCCUAGUGAUAGACCACGAGAUGGACCCCAGCCUCCAUACGGACAGCGGGGAAGAUGAAGGCAGUACAGAGCUUGAUAUUUCAGGUGCCAAGAGGAAACGCAGGGGAAACCUCCCAAAGGAGGCUGUGAAAAUCCUGAGGGAUUGGCUUUAUGAGCACCGAUUCAACGCUUACCCAUCAGAGCAAGAGAAGCUGAGUCUGUCUGGGCAAACCAACCUCACAGUCCUGCAGAUCUGUAACUGGUUUAUAAACGCCCGCCGACGCAUUUUACCUGAGCUACUGCGCAAGGAUGGGAAAGACCCAAACCAAUUCACAAUUUCACGAAAAGGCGGGAAGUCACCAGAGAUGUCUUCACCUUCACCAAGAACACCCACGCAACUGCCUAGUGUCUUGGUGAUGCCCCCUACAACUACUGUCCCCGCAAGGAUAGUGUCUAUGCCUCUGCUGUACCCCGUAGCACAGUCGCUGACUAACCUGACAACCGUUAGUCAUGACCUCAUCUUGCCCAAUAUGGUGCCCACCAUCAAGACUGAACAGUGUGGCACAACUGUUUUAUUGCCCAAGAAACGGGCCCGGAGCCCAACAGAUGAACUUGUCAACACUCCACCUCCUUCACCCUCACCCCCUCUGCUGUUCGGAGGGGCAAGUAUUAGCCGACUAAACAUUCUGGCCCAAGUGGCAACAAUGUGCAUGGCAGAAAUGGAAGCUGAAGAGGCAAAAAGAGAGGCUGCCCGCUCUGCUCUUAAUGCAUUGUACAAGGCUGCACCAAUCACGACCAGCACCCUCAAUUAGAGUUGUGCUGUCCCACUAAAUAAAGAUGGGGGGGGUCACAUUCCUAAAUUUCCCCCGUCUUUAUUGACUGUUUUGCUGGGGGCACUUACAAUGGAUGCUGGGAAAAAUAACAAUUUAAACAUUUUGUGACCAAGAAGGACAUUCCGGCCCCAAAGAUGCUGCCCAAAAAUGGCUUCCAUGUCUGCAAAGAAUGCACAUCCCCUGAUGUGAAUGAAAUUCAGGGGAACCUUUGCUGCACAUUGGUUUGGGAGGUGAAAAAGAGGUCCAAAUAUAUUUUCACAUAAAAGAAACUUUAUCUGUUUACAGUAUUUAUCCCCAGUCUUUCACUUUGCUUAUUGGAGGGGAGAUUGGGAUUAGGGGCAAUAAGGCACCUUGGGGCAAGACAGGCAGGUUGGCAUCUUCCUUACUCCUUCCCAACAAAGUGCACAGUGCUGUGUUAAUAUGCUGCUACCCCCUUCCCCUUUUGUGCACUUUAUAGGUCAAAAUGGCCGCCAGUUACGCAGCAUACUAAGACUAUGGAGUAUCUUUCACACCACUACAGCUGGAUUUCCAGAGUUGCUUAGACCGCACACUAUAAUGACUGAGCUGAGUCCGUCAUACUUGGCACCACUGUACACAGUUGUUUGGUAAUUACCCGAGUGUGCUUAAAGGGGAUGAGAUUUAUGUUGAUGUUGUUAACUAUUCCUCAUUUAAAUGAACUUCCUUCCUGACACUGUUUGACUACAUUGGCCUCUCCAGCUGUUAAGGAACGACUACAGCUCCCGGCAUCCCAGAGAGCAUGCUGGGAGUUGUCGAUUCCCAACAGUUAGGGUGAUCAAGGUUGUCUUAAAAAAAAACAUUGAGUUUACCUUUUUUUUUUAUUUUGAACUGUGAAUAUGUAGUAAAUACAGUGUAUCUAUUACUCCGUAUCUAUGUUAUCCAGUAUUUGGUGCAGAGAAGGUGAAUUUGCUUUCUGACUUUAUGUAGACUGGAAAGCAGGACAGAGGAAUGUUUUAGUUCCUUUGCUGCCUUACAUUAUAUGUCAUUUACUGCCUCCUCAGCAGGGUAUAUAUACAGCUGAAGGGAUUAGGGAAAGGGAGGGUGGGAGGUAUAGGGUCCCAAGUCAUUUUUCAUGCAAAAGACACAUAUGAAGGUGCAGUUUAUUUCUUGUUUGCAGCAUUUUAUAAAGAUGUAGAACAAGAUCUUGACCACUAGGGGCGCUGUUACGUGCUUCCUUCACUGCAUGUGAGUUGCUCUUACUAAGUAGAAUAAUACCCAGAACCCCCUCUUGCAUUGCUUCUGCCAAGGUGGAAUUGGAUUCCCAAAAUACUCCCAGGAGCAGCAUGUUAUUGAUUGUUACUAGGGAUGCACUGAAUGCACUAUUUUUGAUUCGGCCAAAUCCUUCGUGAAAGAUUCGGGCAGAAUACCGAACCGGAUCCAAACCCUAAAUUGCAUAUUUAAAUUAGGGGACUGAACAGAAGUAGUGGGGAACCUUUUUUUUUUUUUACUACCUUGUUAUGUGACGAAAAGUAAAAAUUCCCCUAACUCAACGUUGUAAAUAUGCUUACAAUUUAUUAAAAAAAUAUAUAAUAAACAUUUCUGCAGACUGACCCCAUGCACCUCUACCUUACGUGUUUCGUACCCUCCGGUACUUACUCAUAGGUGAUUGAGUAAGUAUCGGAGGGAACGAAAUGCGUAAGGUGUAGGAGCAUGGGGUCAGUCUUCAGAAAUGUUUUUAUUAUAUAUUUUUUUGAAUAAAUUGUAAGCAUAUUUACAACGUUUGAGUUAUGGGAAUUUUUUUUGAGAUAUUUGUGAAGUGUGCCUUGGGAAGCAGCACAUUUCCCGGUAACACGAGUCCUUAGACUGACCUUUUUGAGUACUAGGACAAAAGUAACCUGAUUUCCCUUCCUGCCCCUAAUCUGCAUAUCCUAAUUUACAUAUGCAAAUUCGGGUUCAGCCAGGCACAAGGAUUCUGCUGAAUCCGAAUCCUGCUGAAAAAGGCCGAAUCCUGGAUUCAGUGCAUCCCUAAUUGUUACUGCCAAAAAGCAUCAUUUUAACCUGUAACAGGAUGAAAAUAUUCCCAUUAGACUCGCCCUCUAUGUUCUGCAUCAUAUAUGAAUUGUUGAUGCCUUUUUUUUAUGCAGAGAUGUAUAGUUACGGUGUUUCUUGUAGUGUUCUUCACAUUCAGAGAUAUAUAUUAAAGGUUCUCGCCUUCACCAAAUUUAAGCAGGAAUGUCCCGUCUGUCAGUAGCCUUUGUUUUUCUUCCGUGUGAGUUUAAUGCCAUUGCAGAAUACUUGUAUUUAUACAUUCAUUGUAGCUGCCAUAUUGCUUUCUACGUUUGCUUUUUCCGGGUGCUAAAUAGUAUGAUCUAUAGCAGAAGUAAUGUGGCAGCUCCCUUACAUGUUUUAAGUAGGUCUGUUCUUUGCCUAAAACAAGCUAUCCUCAUGUUAUUGUCUGCCUUUAUAAACAGGGUGUGUUUACCCUUCACAACACUAAAAGAGGGCUUCACAACAUUCGGCAAGUCAAUCAAACUGCAAAGCUACAGCUCGCAGUAACCCAAGUGGCUCCUGGGAAUUGUAGUCUUGCUAUAGCCAGAAUGGCGAGUCACAAGUAAAGGCUGGCUUUCCUAAAAUACAUCCAGCUCUCUGCCAUUUUGACUCCUUGUAAGCGGGUAUAAGCCUAGUCAAUGUACUUGUUUUACCCAAUAUUGGUCACUAGAUGGAGCGUGAAGUCUAGCAAUACAGGCUUGUGCAAGUAACAUUUAAAUCUGUUUCCUCUUGGAUAGAAUGAGCUAUAGAAAAAGAGAAUUGGCCUGAAAGUGUUAAAGUUCAACUCCCACUACCUCCAUGACAGCCGUUGAGAAGCAUGCUGGGAGUUGCAAGCAUGCAGGAAGCCUAGCACAAUGCAUUGCUAGCUGUAACUCUACUGCUGCCCUGCAGUGAAUAUGGAUUUAAAUGGCAGAGCUUUAAUUGAGCACUACAGUCCCUCCUUCACCUCUAUAAAGAGAAUGCCAUGGUUAAGUCAAGCCCCUCUUACUCACUGGCAGAGAAGGACUUUUGUGCACACCUAAGGCCACUCAUUACCAUUGGGAUCAUAAGCCCCUCUUCUAAAAAGGCUGUUGAUAAAGGGUCUGUGUCUGUGCAAUGUGUGUUUUUUUUUUUAAUGGUAAUAAUAGGAUGAGGUAGAAUAGUUUUGCAUCUUGGAUCAGAAAAGGAACAAAUCUCAUUGUUCCUCUGAAAUUACCUCUUUCAGAAUAAACAUUUGAUUCUUCUUUUUUUUUCUUCUCAUGCCGUUAAGUCAUUAAAUUAUAUAAACCGGGAGACGUUUAGGCACGCCAGCAUAGGGUGAAGCAUCGGGGUGUCUUUCAUCCGGCGAUCGCACGCCCUGUUGCCUGCAAAUCUCAUAUAUUGGUUUUUAUGGUACAAGCUGUAUGAAUGUUUUAACAGAUUAUGUCUGUGUGCAUCUUUUUUUUUAUAAGAUUUGUAAUAAAAAAGUGUUUUGGAAAGCUAAAA